AGUUGCUCUCAGUCAUCAGAUUGGGUUUGUUGCAGUUUGUUGUUGUUGAUUUGUAAAUAAAAUUAUUUCCGUCAUGUUAAUUAUCAACAGAAUUUAUAUGAGUUUGUCCUUAAUUUAUUGGAAUCUCAACAAUUAACCAAGAUACAAAAAGAAAACCCCAACAAAAAAGUCCAAGUGAAAAUUGAGUUCUUUUUAUAUUUUGUCCAAUUCUUUUCUCUCUUUUUUCUUGUUUGUUAUUUGUUUCAAUCAAUCGAUAUUUGUAUUUAUAGAGUCAAUCAAUUUGAAAAGAGAAUUUAAUUUUUAAUCAAUGGAUGUGGUUCAACGGUCAAAUUCAGCACCAUCAACACCGACUGGACCUUCAACAGGUGAUGAGAAACGGAGCCAAUCAUCAAUCGAUGGUUUCUCAGUUAAAGGUCGUAAGGUUCAAUUCCCAUCGGAUGAGGAAAUAGUUACCAAAUAUUUUGAUGCUCCGGAUCCUUGGUCGUAUUUGGCUCCUCACCAAUUAACAUCACAGAGCUUGGUUGAAGCUUAUUGUAAUGCUUGUGAUAAUCAAGGAACCAAACCUUUAGCUAAAGUAUUAAGUCAACUUCAGAGACUUCAUGGAUUCACCGAUAGAGAGGAAGAUCUUAAUCUUAAAGGUGAAAAAUUAGAUGCUAAAAGUUGCGAAGCCCUUGAGGAGAUUUUCAAACGUAUCCGGUUCCGGUCGAUUAACCUUGAAUCAUGUAACCUUGAUGAAGAGGGAGCUUCAGCUUUGUUUGAUAUGAUUGAAUAUUAUGAAUCAGCGACUCAUCUAAAUCUUGCCAAUAACAGAGCCAUUGGAAUGAGAGGUUGGCAAGCUUGUUGUCGAAUGCUCAAAAAGACUCCUUGUUUACAACAUUUGGACCUUCGUAAUUGUGGCCUAAGUGAACAAGUUUUACUCAUUUUAGGUCGAGCACUCAGAAUAGGUUCACAUUUGAUCUCUUUACGAUUAGAACGAAGUGGAAUCUCCAGCAGAGCAUUGGCAAUAUUAGUUGCUGCUCUCAAAUUGAAUACAUGCUUACAAUAUUUAUACUUGGGGGACAAUAAACUUUGCUCUGGCGAUGCCAUUCAAAUAGGUAACUUGCUACGUGCCAAUUCAACCCUUGACCUGCUUGACCUAAGAGACAAUGAUCUACAAGAUGAGGGACUGGAACACAUUGCGGAAGCACUUAGAAGUCAACCUUCCGGUCCCGGUGAAGGUUUAAAAUAUCUAGUCCUCUCAAACAAUCAGAUGACCAGUCAAGGGAUGAACAGUUUAGUUGAAGCUCUGCCUUAUACAAAAUCACUUCGUACCGUUAACCUUAACGACAAUUGUCUCGGUGAUGAAGGUAUCAUCAAAUUGAAAGAGGGAAUCAUAACCGCACCCAGAAUAAGUGCUUUAGGUCUUAAAAAUUGUAAACUUAAUUGUCAAGGAGCCAUUGCAAUCGCUGAUUGUUUCAUGGAAGGUGAUAGUCUACAUCGAGUCGAUCUCCGUGAAAAUAAUAUCGCCGAAAGAGGCCUGAUGGCUCUUUACCUUGCUGCCCAAUCAAAUCCUCAAAUUUUAAGAAUUGAUCUUACCUCUAAUCUAAUCUCACCUGAUUUAAUCACAUCCAGUGGGAAUCUGACCACUCAUUCAUCAACCUCACCUUCAUCAACCACCAACUUUGACUGUUCAUCUUUAAUCACUCAGAUUAACCUUACCUGUGAGGCUAAUCAAAAAUUACAACAAAAAGAUGAAGCUUUAAUAUUUCAUGAUCAGGGACUCGAAUCCCCUGGAGCCAAGAUUGAACUAUUUGCCGCUGGGACUUACAAUGAACAACAAUCUGCCUGUGAAGCUUUGGUUGAAUUUAGAAAUUCAUAUUUUUCAGAGUCAACUGAUUGUUCAGAUGAGAUAUCACAAAUUCAGCCAAGGAUAACUCUUCCUACUCCUCGUAAACCAAUUUUACGAAGUUCAAGCUUGGGCAGUUGGGACACGAAAGCAUCACCAGCGAAUCCAAUGUCCCCCAAAGUGACCACUCCGAUCGUUAAUAACAAUAACACAAUCGAUAGCGUUCGCAGGUCAGGCCGAUUCUCGGUCUCUCCAGUUCCGGAUUCUGAUUCUCCUCCUCCAUCUCACCUUUUGGCAUCUUCAUCGAGUAAAUCACCAAGCCCAUCACCUUUAUUGUAUUCAUCAUACUCACCUGAGCCGAAUUCAAUUUAUAACCAUCACUCCAAUUACCACCUUCAAUCAUCCUCAUCUUCAUCACUUUACAAUAAUAUAUCGACGACACCCUCACCCACAGUGUCACCCCUUCCACCCACUGAUCUUCCCACCGCCGAUGAUAAUAAUAAUCUGAUGAUGAUAACAAAACCUGGACCAAGUGAAGGAAAACCUAAAAAACGGAUUAGUUUUGCUCUACCCGCCGAUGAAGAUAUCGGCAGGGGCUGUGGUGGGCAAGAUGGAGCCGCUGGUGGUGGUGGUGGAGCUUCCCAAGUAUUCAAUAAGCUACGUAAUCGUCGGAUGAGCAGUCCAGCGAUUCCAAACAAUUCAGCAAUGACCAAUGUUCAACCCGCUCGACCCAAAAUCCCAUCGCUUAAAAUGUACAAAAUUUUAGACGGACUUGACCUCAGAUCUUCAGUUCCUCUCUCACCAACUCGACUUUAUCAAAGUUUAGAGUUUCCAGAUUUAAUUACAUGGAAAGCUCCAACUGAGAAGGAGAAACCUACAAUGAUUGGAAUAACUAAUUAGUUUAACAAUUAAAAUAUUGACUAUCGAUCGAUUCAACGAAAUUCAACUUCGUUGAUGAUUGAAAGCAAUUUAAUUACAGAUUAAAUCAAGAAGCUAGUAAAUUGACUAUGAUAAUGGACUAACAAUUGGACACAUUAUUAUCAAAAGUAGAACCGGAACCGGAACUUGGAACGGAAAUUGAAAAAAAAACAUUGUUAAGAUGCUCAUGAAUAGAUAAUGAAACUAUUGUUUUCCCUGAAAAUUACAUGAGAUUUGAAAUUAAGGAAAAAAAUUAGAAAACAGAAAAAAGUUUUUCUCAAAUUAUAAAAUCUAAACUCGAUCAGCGAAAAUAACAAAUUACAAUUAGCUAAUUGUGAUUUAAAUCAACAAGAAUAACAAUUUAUAUUCACUUGGUGAUCGAGUUGUUUAUGAUUGAAAUAAUUGCGUGUUGAUUAAGACAAAUUGAUCAGGAGACAAAUUGAUUUUUAUUAGUUAAUCAAUUAGUUUGAACACUUUCAAGUGUAUCAAUACAAUUAGUACAAUUAAUCAAAACUGGAUCAACAAUUAAAUCCCGUUAAGAUGAUUUAUCAUCACUAAAUUAUUAAUCAAAUUGUGUUUUUUUUAAAUUGUUCAACCAACAAUCAACAACAAAGUUUAUAUUAUAUCGUGUUAGUAUAAGACAAUUAAUUAAUUUGGUGCUUUUUUGUUAAUCAUCAUCACAAUCAGUUAAUCAUAUCUUUUUAUUUUCUUCCGAUUCAAUUUACAAUUAACUAAUUAGGCUCGUAUUUUAUGAUUAUCUAAACUAUCAAAGGUUAAUUAUUAGCUAAUUAAUUAUGAUGAUGAUCAAAACUAUUAAGUUAUUUUUUUCAUUCAAUGUUUUCAAUUGUUUUUAAUUGUUGUCAAUAUUUUGAUUGUUUUGAUUGUUGUUUAGAUAAUUAACUAAUUUAAUUCAGUUGAAACAAAUUCUGUUACCUAAUUGUACACGUUAAUUAUUUAAUCAACAGUAAAAACUAUGCAACAAUCAAACUUUAAUUUAAUUAAAAAAACUAUUAUUCAAAAACUAAAUUGUUAUCGAUUGAUUUUUUUCCGAUUAUCAAAAUAAUUAUAAUCAAAAGCAAUUUAAUCACAUCCUUGAUCACUAACAAUUAAGCUCGUAAUUACAAUCAAUUAUACUUAUUGCCUUUUAAUAAAAUGCCAAAGCCUCAGGCAAUUCACUGAUUGUUCAGCUUAAUCAUUUUCAAAUGACAAU